CACCCUGAAGAAGACGUCUCUCCUCUGUAGUCCUCUGCGGUGAUAAGUGACCUCUGGUGCUAGCGGCUUCCCUCCUGAACACCAUGGCUCCUCCAGUUGCAGUGUCGCCCCUGAUCAAGACCGCCAGGUGGUCAGCUUUGAUUGCUGGCAUCAUCUAUGGCAAAAAGAGAUAUGAUACCCUGAAGCCCAUCGCAGCCGAGGAGAGGAAGAUCGAGGAGGAGGAGAAGAAGGUCCGUGAAGAGCAGGAGCGCAUUGCCAAGCAACUAGCAGAAGCGAGUGAAGAAAGCAUUCUGAAGUAAAGCUGCAUGAGGACGUCCUCAUAGAUGUGCAAUUUCCAACCUCUUCUCCCUCUGGAGUAUCGACGGCAAAGUCGGGUCACAAACAGUCAUGUGUUGUGGAUGUGUUUGUGUUAACUUUAGUAACACAGCACUUCUCUGGGUUGCUAGGGAUUUUAGACAUGUAAUAAAACCAGGCUCUUUAACUCAGCAUUUAACACUGCAAAUGCUGCUUCAUAAGUUAUUUGGUUAAGUUUUGUAACAAAGCAAUGCCAUAAAAACACAAACACUUGACCACUGUAGUCUUUGUCUUCGUUUACUCAUAUGUGAUCUAUGAGAAUUAUCGGUUUUCCCCCCCACCAACUGUUACAGCCCAGAUGAAACAGAUGUACUAUUUUAGUGAUCACUUGUUGCUUUACAAUUAAAACUCAUAGUAUGAAA